AGAGUUGGCGUGAGUUUACGGGUAACACGUCCGGUUAUUGUGUCUCUGGAGGUUUUACAUCAAGGACCAAACUAGCCCAUUCCCUAUACCUAAAACACCAAUUUGAUCAUUUUCUGCAAGUAAUUCACCGAUCUGCUUAACCCCUAACGCCUUGCAAGGUUUUUGAGACAAAGCAUGACUGCAGUUUGUGUUGUUGAAAAUUAGCAGGAUGGUUCUUCUUCCUUAUCGCAGAAUUGUUGUGAAUAACUCUAACAAGUUUGUCAUGGGCUCCAAAUAUUUUCUCCAUAAGCCAUCCAUUGCUUUUACAACCAUACGCAAGACAAUUCCUGUCCUUUUUCAAACCCAAAGACUCAUCUUUUCAACAUUUGUUUCAAAACCCAUCUUCCGAAAUCGAGGCUUUUCAUAUGGGCCCCAAAGAAUUCCUCUACCAGUUUCUGGAGUAAUGCUGGAAGACCCAGCAGAGGAAAUUGCAGAGUCAGAACACAUGAUGGCAUUGAAGCAGAAAUUGAGCCAGAUUGGAAUAGAUAUUGGUUCUUGUGGACCAGGCCAGUACUCAGGUUUGCUUUGUCCAAUGUGCAAAGGUGGGGACUCAAAUGAAAAGAGCUUAUCUCUCUUCAUUACUCAGGAUGGGCAUGCAGCUACAUGGACAUGCUUUCGAGCUAAAUGUGGAUGGAGAGGUGGUACGCGGGCCUUUGCAGAUGUGAGGACAGCUUAUGCUGAUAUGAAAAAGUUUGGAAAAGUGAAUAAGAGAUGUAGGCAGAUAACGGAGGAGAGUUUGGGACUGGAACCUUUAUGUGAUGUGUUACUUGCAUACUUUUCUGAGCGAAUAAUAUCAAGAGAAACAUUGCAGAGAAAUGCUGUUAUGCAACGAAGAUAUGGUGAUCAGAUUGUUAUUGCAUUUACGUAUCGGAGGGAUGGAGCACUUGUAAGCUGCAAGUAUCGGGACAUGGCCAAGAAGUUUUGGCAGGAAGCUGAUACGUUAAAAAUAUUUUAUGGUCUAGACGAUAUAAAGGGAUCAAGUGAUAUCAUCAUUGUUGAGGGUGAGAUGGACAAGCUUGCAAUGGAAGAAGCUGGCUUUCGGAACUGUGUGAGCGUUCCGGAUGGAGCACCUCCAUUUAUUUCAGAUAAAGAGUUGCCGCCUGUGGAUAAGGACACAAAGUAUCAGUAUCUUUGGAACUGCAAAGAGUACUUAGAAAAGGCAUCUCGCAUAAUACUAGCAACUGAUGGCGAUCCACCUGGUCAAGCAUUAGCUGAAGAACUUGCCCGCCGCUUAGGGAGAGAAAGGUGCUGGCGAGUUACAUGGCCAAACAAGACCUCUAUAGACCGUUGCAAAGAUGCAAAUGAGGUGCUUAUGUAUCUGGGGCCUGGUGCACUGAGGGAAGUUAUUGAAGGCGCAGAGCUGUAUCCAAUACAAGGAUUAUUCAACUUUAAAGAUUACUUUACUGAGAUUGAUGCAUAUUAUCACCAAACAAUUGGCUAUGAGCUUGGAGUUUCAACUGGAUGGAGGUCCUUAAAUCAACUAUACAAUGUUGUGCCUGGAGAGUUGACUAUUGUUACAGGAGUCCCAAACUCGGGGAAGAGUGAAUGGAUUGAUGCUCUUUUGUGCAAUCUCAAUCAUAGUGUUGGCUGGAAAUUCGCACUUUGCUCUAUGGAAAAUAGGGUACGGGAGCAUGCUAGGAAACUUUUGGAGAAGCACAUGAAAAAACCUUUCUUUGAUGUGAGAUACGGGGAAUCUGUUGAACGGAUGACUGUUCAGGAGUUUGAAAAGGGAAAGCAAUGGCUUGGUGAUACUUUUUUCCUCAUAAGGUGUGAGAAUGAUUGCCUGCCGAAUAUUGACUGGGUUCUCUCGCUUGCAAAAGCUGCAGUUUUAAGACAUGGGGUGAAUGGACUUGUAAUUGAUCCAUACAAUGAACUGGAUCAUCAGCGUCCUUCAAGCCAGACUGAAACAGAGUAUGUCAGCCAGAUGCUGACGAAGAUAAAACGGUUCGCGCAACACCAUUCCUGUCAUGUUUGGUUUGUUGCACAUCCGAGACAGUUGCAUCACUGGGUAGGAGGUCCUCCAAAUCUGUAUGAUAUUAGCGGAAGUGCACACUUCAUAAACAAAUGUGACAAUGGUAUCGUUAUUCAUCGUAACAGAGAUCCUUCGUCUGGCCCUGUGGAUCAAGUGCAGGUUUGUGUAAGAAAGGUACGGAAUAAAGUUAGUGGAACAAUUGGUGAUGCCUUCUUGUCAUAUGACAGAGUUACUGGUGAAUUCAUGGACAUUGAUGAGCACCCAAGGAAAGGCUAGCAAAUUCUCGAUAUUUUUCCAUUGUACAUAAUGUGUGCGAUACUUGGACUUCUGAUGAGAGAUCACAGCUCCUACAAGAAGUUUGGAGCCAUUGUGUGGAAAAUUCUGGCAGUAAUGAGAGCAUUGUGCUUAGUGAUGCUCUUCGCUUCAGUGGCUCUUGUAAGAUAAGGUAACAAGAAACUAUUAAGCUGUUGCACCUUAGGGCAUCCAUUUUCUUAGGCGGCGCGAGAUGGAGGUGUUGGAAGCCUUAAAUUUUCACGCUUCAGCUGUUGUUAAAUUAUUCAGUAAGCGUGCUUGAUGCCUGGCAGUUUAACUAGUCUGAAUGUCUUUGUCAGUAGUGCUUAGGGAGCAGAUGCGAUAUUCUCAAAGUUAAAAAUGUACGUCUUAUUAUAAUUUUUUAGUUUGUUUUAUUUUUACAGUUUCUAUGUUUUCCAAGGCGUAUUUUUGAUAAUGAUUCAUGUUUUAGUGUUGACGGGGGCGGUUUAUUGGUUAUGUUAAGUUACUCCA